CCUUGUGGAGAAUAGAUGUCUGCGUGAUUAUAAGUUUAAAUAUUUUAAAUUACAACAUGUUCAAGAUACGAUGCCUAUUUGUAUUUUGUUCUAUAACCUUAGCAGCAAAUGCUUUACCGUUAGGUAAGGACAGCGAAGCUACGGUAUUAUACAAUAACUAUUCAAUAGACGAAAAUGGAAAUUACAGAUUCAGUUUUGCGACAUCUAAUGGUAUGGCGAGGGAGGAAACGGGAACAAUUGUCAACAAGGGUCAACCUAACGAGCAUAUUGCAGUUAAAGGUCGAUAUAGUUACAUGGAUACAGAAGGAAAACAAGAAAUGGUUGAAUACUCAGCUGAUGAGAAUGGAUAUAUAAUUUUACCACCUAAAUACACGGGGGCAGCCUUUGGUGUACCUGCAAACAUCGUUGCAACGCUACUUGGAAAAUGAAGUUUGGAGAAAAAGCAGAGAAUAAAUCGCUCUCAGUGUUUUAAUUUGAACAUAUUUAUUAUAAGCGACUGAUGGAAUAAACUAAUUGUAAAUGAUAUAGGAUCGUUAUAAUAAUAAAUAAAUAAGUAUAGUAUUUAUAAUUAGUAUAUUAUUUAUGUAUAUCAUAUCUUUGUUUUAUAUUUAAUAUUAAAUAUAAAACUAAGAUAUACAAUAUAUUAUAUAAUAUAUAUAUUGUAUGUAUGUAUGUAUGAGACUACAAAUACAAGGCUUUGUUUGAGGAAGUUCCAAGUGACGUAAAAUAGAAAAACAAAUUUAUAAAUAAAAAAAUGUGUAUAAAUAUUUUAUUGCUGUAAAGUAGUAUUUAAUUUUAAAUAAAUUA